AUGGCGCCCGCACUUGAUUCCGCUGCGGCCCAGACGCAGGAGAACAAGCAGUCGGUCAAGGUUCUCGAGGAGCUUCUGAACAAGCUCUCCGUGAGCAAGACCGCCGACGAGGCCAAGGGCACGUCGCAGGAGAUCGCCAUUUUCAUCAAUGGCGACAUCCAAGAGAAGGACGCCCCUACCAAGGCUGUUGACACCCUUAAGAAGAUGCUCAACAACAAGAAGGACGCCAACAUCCGCCAGAACGCGGCCGAGGCGAUCGCCACCAUCGCGAAGCAUGCCGACGUCUCCCCCGCCGUCGAGCCAUACCUCGUCCAGCUUCUCCCGCCUGUCCUCUCAGCAGUCGGCGACAAGAUGGCCGCUGUCAAGGUCGCCGCACAAGACGCCGCCCUUGCCAUCACCAAGGCAGUCAACGCCAACGCCGUGAAGCUGCUCAUCCCAGCUUUCGUCGACUCGAUCCGCAACGCCCAGAAGUGGCCCGAGAAGAUGACCGACCUCGAGUGCAUCGAGGCUCUUUGCGAGUCUGCCCCAGCUCAGACCGCAUACCGAGUCCCCGAACUCAUCCCCAUCGUCUCUGAGGCCAUGUGGGACACCAAGCCCGAGGUCAAGAAGAAGGCAUACGGCACAAUGGAGAAGGUGUGCCAGCUUAUCGUCAACAAGGACAUCGACCGCUUCAUUCCCGAGCUCAUCAAGUGUAUCGCCAAGCCAGAGCUCGUCCCAGAGACUAUCCACUUGCUCGGUGCUACCACCUUCGUCACUGAUGUCCACGAGCCAACCCUCGCUAUCAUGGUUCCUCUGCUUGAGCGUGGUCUCAAGGAGCGCGAGACCGCCAUCAAGCGUAAAUCCGCCGUCAUUGUCGACAACAUGUGCAAGCUGGUCGAGGACCCCAACAUUGUGGCCUCUUUCUUGCCCAAGCUGAUGCCUCAGCUCACAUACAACUACGACAACGUGGCUGACCCAGAGGCCCGUGAGAAGACCAAGCAGGGUCUCGACACUCUCAUCCGUGUUGGCGCCGUCAAGGAUGGCAAGAUCCCGGAGGUCUCCCAUGUCGGCGACGUCGACACUGUCCUCGGCAAGCUCAAGGACAUCCUCAGCUACAAGCACAAGGACGUCAUCCCCAAGUUUGAGGCAGUGCUCAACUACAUUGCUGCCAUCGGUGGUCAGCUUAUCGACGAGAAGGUGGGCGAUUCCUCCACCUGGACCACCAACGUUCUCCCAUACAUCACCCAAAUCAUCGGCAAUGACGACGCAGAAGGCACCGUGGACACCCUCCGCAAGCGCGCAUCUCCAGCUGCCGCUGACGAGGAUGCGGUCGAGCCCGAUGAGGAAGAGGGCGAGGACCUUUGCAACUGCACAUUCAACUUGGCCUACGGUGCUAAGAUUCUGCUCAACCAAACACAUCUCCGCCUCAAGCGUGGUCAGCGUUACGGUCUCCUCGGACCCAACGGAUCUGGCAAGACUACCCUGAUGCGUGCCAUCAACAACGAGCAGGUCGAAGGUUUCCCCAAGCAAAACGAAGUCAAGACUGUCUACGUCGAGCACGACCUCGACUCUGCCGACACUGAGAUGACGGUCAUGGAGUGGACCAUCAUGAAGCUCAAGGCGGCCGGUCUCGCCCUCACCGACGACGAGAUCAAGAACACUCUUAUCGAAUUCGGCUUCGUGAAAGAACAACUCGAAGGCCCCAUCACUGCUCUCUCCGGUGGCUGGAAGAUGAAGCUCGCUCUUGCCCGUGCCGUGUUCGAGAAGCCUGACAUUCUCCUGCUCGACGAGCCUACCAACCAUCUCGAUGUGAAGAACGUCAAGUGGCUCGAAGACUACCUUACCGGCUCACCCUGCACAUCGAUCAUCAUCUCCCACGACAGCAAGUUCUUGGACAAUGUCAUCCAGCACGUCAUUCACUACGAGCGCUUCAAGCUCAAGCGCUACCGUGGCAAGCUCAGCGAGUUCGUCAAGCGUGUGCCAUCCGCCAAGUCAUACUACGAGCUCGGUGCCUCUGAGAUGGAGUUCAGAUUCCCAGAGCCAGGUUUCCUCGAGGGUGUCAAGACCAAGGCCAAGGCCAUUGUCCGUGUCAGCAACAUGACCUUCCAGUACCCAGGUACUCCUAAGCCCCAGAUCAGCGACAUCACCUUCCAGUGCUCGCUCGGCUCGCGUAUUGCCGUCAUCGGUCCCAACGGUGCUGGCAAGUCGACUCUCGUCAACGUCCUCACUGGUGAGCUCAUCCCAACAUCUGGUGAUGUCUACCAGCACGAGAACAUCCGUAUCGCCUACAUCAAGCAGCACGCUUUCGCCCACAUCGACCACCAUCUCGACAAGACCCCAUCUGAGUACAUUCAGUGGCGUUUCCAGACUGGUGAGGAUCGUGAGACCAUGGACCGUGCCAACAAGAUCGUCACUGAGGACGAUGAGAAGGCUAUGGACAAGAUCUACCGCAUUGAAGGCACUCAGCGUCGUGUCAUUGGCGUGCACUCCCGGAGAAAGUUCAAGAACUCCUACGAGUACGAGUGUUCGUUCGCUCUCGGUGACAACGUCGGCAUGAAGAACGAGAAGUGGACACCCAUGAUGACUGCCGACAACGCCUGGAUUCCCCGAAGCGAGCUCAUCCAAUCUCACCAGAAGUUGGUUGCUGAGGUCGAUCAGAAGGAGGCUCUUGCCAGCGGUCAGUUCCGUCCUCUGGUCCGAAAGGAGAUCGAGCAGCACUGCGCCAACUUCGGUCUCGACGCCGAGCUUGUCUCCCACUCUCGCAUGCGUGGUCUCUCCGGUGGCCAGCGUGUCAAGGUCGUGCUUGCUGCUUGCUCAUGGCAGCGUCCCCACUUGAUCGUCCUCGACGAGCCGACCAACUACCUCGACCGUGACUCCCUGGGUGCUCUCUCCAAGGCCAUCAAGGCUUUCGAGGGUGGUGUCAUCAUCAUCACUCACUCUGCCGAGUUCACCAAGGACCUUACUGAGGAAGUGUGGGCUGUCAUGGACGGCAAGAUGACUCCAUCUGGCCACAACUGGGUGCAAGGUCAGGGUGCCGGUCCUCGUCUGAAGCAGGACGACGAGGAAGAGGAGAAGUUCGACGCCAUGGGCAACAAGAUCGAGUCGACCAAGAAGCAGAAGAAGCUUACUUCCGCUGAGCUCCGCAAGAAGAAGAAGGAUCGUAUGGCUCGCCGCAAGCGUGGUGAGGAGGUCUUCUCGGAUGAGGACGACUAG